GUGUGUGUGUGUGUGUGUGUGUGUGUGUGUGUGUGUGUGUGUGUUCUUAGGUUUGAAGAGGGAUGUAAGAAGUGUGACGCUGUGAACAUAACUGUGAUGGAUGUACCCCUUGGACAUGAAGAUCUCCAAUUACGUCCCCUUCCAACACAGGAUACCAGCCCAAGCAUUGAAUGCCAUGAUCUGUGUGACAAUGGUCGUGGGAACAUAACAUGGUAUAAGGAUUCCCAGCUGCUCCCAGGUGAGUCUGGGGAAAUCUUGAGGGUUCUGGAAGCGAUGAAGUCUGCCGAAGGAGUUUACACCUGUGUGUGCACCUGGCAACACGGCACACACACUUUCAACACCUCUGCCUCUACCAGACUGGAGCUCGAAAAUGCCUCUACCCGUCUCCGCCCUACAAUCAUACAUCCCACCAACAGAUCCACAGUCACCUGCCAACUGGGGUCUCGUGUGCUGUUGGAGUGUUCAGGCUCAUGUGGGAUCUCCGUCACUCGGUUCUGCAAUGUCAGCUGGGAAAUACACACACACUCUGGACACACACAGAGCUACUCCUGGGAGGACAUAGGCACUAUGCGUGUGUUUAAAGCCGUGCUGAUCAUUAGUGAGGUGUCUCUGCUGGACCUGCAAACACAAUUCGAAUGUACGGCCGAGAACCGCGUUGAAUGGAUAUCUGUCACCAUCACUCUCAAACAACAAGAAUCCUUCCACUCUGAGGUCCUGGUGUGUGUGGGUGUGCUGCUUGUCCUUCUCUUGGUCGCCAUGGCAGUGAAAUGGUUUGCAAUCGAUCUCGCUCUUCUCUUCCGAUCAGCUCGAAGGACUGAAGAUGGUAAGGUGUAUGACGCGUACGUGGUGUAUCCGAGGGAGUGUGUGUGGGGACACGCUGUAAGGGAGUGUGUGUGUGAGGACGCUGCAAGGGAGUGUGUGUGUGAAGACGCUCUCUCAGUGUUCCUCAGCUCUAGUUUGCCAGCAGUUCUGGAGGACCAGUGUGGAUACAAACUCUUCAUCCACGGCAGAGACGACACGCCUGGGGAAGAUCAGGCGGAGCAGGUGGAGAGGUGCAUGCGCCUCAGCCGGCGACUCCUCGUUGUCAUGACAACGGUGGGGUCAGGCGGGGGUCAGGUGGUGGCCCCGCCCCUGGAGCAGUUUGAUUGGCAGAUGGGGCUCCACAGCUCUCUGGUGCAGGAGGACAUGAGUGUGAUCAUGGUGCAGGUGGGACAGGGACACACACAGCUGCCCCCUGGCCUGCAGCUCCUGCUGAAGAAGAGCGCCCCCCUCAGGUGGGAGAUGGGAGUGCGGGGAGCAAACUGCUCCACCUCGCGCUUCUGGAAGAGAGUUCGCUACAUGAUGCCCCCACCACCACCACCACCAUAG